AUGGAUGAUCUGCACAAGAUGAAGACUUCACUGGAUCGCGGAGUGCCUUGUCCUUCCUUGAUUGACUUUUGGAAGGCAUAUCAAGCUUGUCCGGAGGAACUGCAGACAAUACAGAUGAAGAAGGCAAAGAGGUUUGUUCAGGAGGCGAUCAUCAUAGCCCACAAACACUUCUCCAGGUACACAUCGAAGAGCCUCUUACCUGCUGCUCUUCUAACAGAGAAUGGCAUACCUGAUGUCAUUGCGUCCAUCAUCACGGAGCGAGAGUACAUUCCCAGCGGGAUCUACUGCUAUUCGGAGGUCCACGGCAAACGUCUUAUCAAUCUCAGAUUGUUCCACGAUUUCGUGAAGAGAUCUGUCAUGUCGAACAAGGAACAAGACACCGCUUAUGCCCCCAUGGCACUGCAUAUUGCUGACUUUCGCUUGAAGAAUGUCCAUUUGAAGUUGUCCGAAAAGGAAGAGGAAGAUGAGGCCACGUAUUCUCAAAGCCACCAAGACAAUGAUGCGCAACACUUCAAGCAUGAGCGCCUUCAAACACUUGAGGACCAAGCCAAGGCAACACUCCACAAGAACAAGAAACAGAAUGCCAAACAGAAGAACACUGGAGUGGAGCGGACUUUGAAGAUUUUGGGCUUGUUUCCUUUUGGCAAGCUUGUCAAAAAGCUCCACCAUGAUGCUCUCAGAGUUGAGUUGAUGCAUAGAGGUUGCACUGAAGAGGAGGUCGCAGGAUGGGGAGUCACUGACAGGAAGAAUAAGCUCAAAGCCCUUGAGAAGUUGCGAGUGAAAGAGGAUGGCAAGGAAGCAGUCAACAACAGCAAGCUUGGCUUUAAGGUCCUCUCCUCUGCUUCAUUUCCAGACAACUAA